GAGCUGCACCAAAUGCGUCUCCACGGGGAGCUGGCCACGGCCAUCCGCAUCCACGUGGUGCGGCUGACCAUCGCCUUCGGCGUGAGCGUUUUGUUGUACUUCCGCAUUCUGACGGCGAUGGCGGAAUAUCAGGGCAUCCUCGAAGACGAGGACUUGGUGCAGGUUGUCUUCCUCCACAGCCGCCUUCAGGCGCUGCUCUACGAGGAGGAGAUGGAGGUGGUGGAUCAAUAUGUGGCCUGCUCAGUGCAAAAUUGCCUUGGCGAGACCCAGUGGCGCAGCUGA